CCCGGACAUUCGGCUCCCAGCGUGCAACGCGCCAGGGGGCGGGGCGGUGUGGCGAGGCAGCCCGGAAGGCGGAAGUGCUGGGCUUCCGGUCGUCUGGAGCGUGUGUUCUGUGAGUGGUGAACCUGUAGAGAUAAAAUAUGGCUAAAAGCUUACGGAGUAAGUGGAAAAGGAAGAUGCGUGCUGAAAAGAGAAAAAAGAAUGCCCCAAAGGAGCUUAGCAGACUUAAAAGUAUUCUUAAAGUAGAUACUGAUGUUUUAAUGAAAGAUGUUCAUGAGGUAGCAACUGUGGUGGCCCCCAAACAUUCUGAAGUGAAAACCCAGUGUGUGGUGAAAGAUGACAAAGAUGACAUGAAAAUGGAGACUGACAUUAAGAGAAACAAAAAGACUCUUCUAGACCAGCAUGGACAGUACCCCAUAUGGAUGAACCAGAGGCAAAGAAAAAGGCUGAAGGCAAAGCGAGAAAAAGGAAAGGGGAAAAGCAAAGCAAAAGCAGCGAAGGCGGCUAAGGGUUUGGCCUGGUAGACUUUUAAAAACUUGAAAAGUGCCACAUGGGGCAGAUCUUUGAUUAGAAUGGAUACACCUAUUUCAGCUUCUAUCAAAGGAAAACCAUUUUUUAACUGGGCCUUUUUCUUCAAUUCAAACCCAACAUAACAUCUCAAAUUUGUUUUAGAAAUUUGAAUAAAAUAUUUCCUUUGAUGAAUGAAAGCUAUACUUAUAUUUUAAUUGGACGCUAUCUGAUAUACAGGGAUUAGAUUUCAGACAUCAAGAUUCUAUCAAAUAUUAAUGUGGUUGUGGUUUUUGGUAUUUGUAAAGAUAAGUGAUACUAUACUAAGAUUAAAGAAGACUAAUUAUAUAAUGUUAUUUUAAAAUGCAAUGUCAGUGGAUCUUAUCAGCAGUACUUGUUUGGAGUUUUGAGUUUGUAUACUUCAUAAUGAAAGGUAUUUUGCUUAGAUCGUGAAUAUCUUUUCUUUCAUGUAUCCUUAAGGUAUUCUGGUAGUGGAGAAGUCCAGAUUCUUCUUUUAAAUUUUUAGAUAGACUAUUAACAUGUACUAGCUAGUAUGGUCCAUCUUUUAAAGAGAUUAGAAUAUCCUGGGAACUAGAGUAAUGUUUAUCAGUUUUUUUAUUAUGUAGCCUAAUAUAAUGCAACAUUUCCAAGAGUAUAUUUCUCAGAAUCUAUUUUUCCAGAUGUGUGGUGAAAAAAUACAUUUUGUAGUCAUAUCAGUUUGGGAAGUGCUACAUGCUUGAAGAUACACAGAAAGUAUUUGCUCAGUAUUACUUUAUAGAGAUCUAGCAAUAAAGAUACUUGUUUAGCUUUGACUUGUUAAAACUAGUAUUCAGAAGAAUAGAAUAUACUGUUGGAAAUGUUUGUAUAAAGAAAUGAUUUUUGUUGGCUCUGUCUUGCUACAGUUUACUAAUUUCACUCUUAUUUAAAUUUACUCUUAUUUUUUAAUUUUAGUUUGUUAAUCCUCACCCCAGGAUAUUUUUUCUAUUGAUUUUUAGAGAGAGUGGAAGGGAGGGAGGGAGAGAGAGAAAGAAGCAUUGAUGUGAGAGACACAUCCAUUGGUUGCCUCCCACACGGGGAUUGAACCUGCAACCUAGGUACAUGCCCUUGACUGGAAUCGAACCCAUAACCCUUUGAUGCACAGGCCCGUGCUCUAACCACUGACCAGCACUGGCCAGGGCUAAGUUUACUUUUAGUUAAGCCAUUUAAACAUUUAAACUUAGCAUCCCCCAAGUGCUGGACAGUCAGGGUGCAUGUGGGAGGCAACCAGUCAAUGUGUUUCUCACAUCAAUGUUUUUCUCUCUCUCUUUCUCUCCCCCCCCCCCCCCACCUCCUUUCCACACUCUUUGAAAGCAAUAGAAAAAAUAUUCUCGGGUGAAGUUUAACAAAAAAAAAUUAAAAUAAACUUAGUGUUCCCUCUGAAAUUUCACUGUAAAAAUAUUAACCAUCACUAUAUAUUCACUGGAACAACAAAUAUUUGAGUGCCUACUGUGUGCCAGGGUCUUUUACAGGCGCUAGGGGCACAAGGGACGAUACAAGGUGUCUGCCUUUACGGAUGUCUACUCAGAAGAGGCUGUUAACGUCAGGAGAGAACUAAAUUAAAAGUGGGAUCUGUUAGAAUCAAGUCACUUAGUCAUCAGGACACAAAUUUUGUGCCAGGCAAACUGCUAGCCUGGGGUACAAUAUAGAGAUAAAUAGGACAUGACCCAAAUCUUUUAGGAGUUUUGAGUUAUAAAACUGAAUGCCAGUAAAAUCUUAAAAAUUAUUUUAUGUAAUAGACUUUUCUCAAUUUACUCAGUGUUAGUUCACCAAAAAGUUAGUGGAUAAUUUUUAAAUACUUAAAAUAAGUUUUCUCAAAGAAUCUAAUAGAAGAUGUGAGCCCUAGCUGGUUUGGCUCAGUGGAUAGAACGUUGGCCUGCGGACUGAAGGGUCCCAGGUUCGAUUCCAGUCAAGGGCACAUGCCCAGGUUGCGUGCUUGAUCCCCAAUAGGGGGCGUGCAGGAGGCAGCCAAUCAUUCUCUCUCAUCGAUGUUUCCCUCUCCCUCUCUGAAAUCAAUAAAAAUAUAUUUAGAGGAAAAAAAGAUGAGUUGGAGAAUAAAUGUCAUUCAUGGCCUUUUUUGCCUUGUGGUAUAGUUAUGAACAACAAAUAGAGUUUGUGAGGAAAAGGUAAAUAAAUGUUUGUUUAUGAAAUAAAAAGUUGCUAACAUUAUCCUAAAUAUACUAGCUAAAUUACCUUUUUUUCUAUUGGGAAUUGUCUGUAUCGGUGAUGUUACCCAUUUAGUGCUUACUUAUAUUUUGGCAACAUUGUCAGGUAUUGUUUUACUGGAUUUUGCCCAAGAGUCCAGUGCCCAAGAUACAUUUUCUGUUGCUGAUAACCUCUAAUUUGACUCCAGUGGUAGUUGCUUUGAGCAUUCAUCCAGGGCCUCAUAAUGAUGUUGGUAUGCUCACUUAAUUUUGUCCAGUCCUGAAGUUUGUCCAGUCAGGAUUUAACAUAAAGUUAACAAAAUCAAACAUCAUUGUCAAUAACUUAUUUGAGAAACAAGUCCUCAAGCGUCCUAUAGCUUCUGGAAAGACUAUUAAAAAGAAAUUGUCUUGCACUAGGUUGAGACUGGGGCCGCUAAGGCACUGAGUUGGUGGACUGCACUGCCAGCAAGAUUUUCCCCUUCCAAAUUUUGGCAGGAAAUUUGGACUGGCAUUCAAAAAUGAGUAUAGGGUAUGAUCACUCUUUUGUUGUUUUAUAUUUAAAGAUUAUAAUUAAGAAGUAUAGCCCAUCCAGGUGGCUCAGAUGGUUAGAGCUUUGUUUUUUACACCCAAAAUGUUGCAGGUUGGAUUCCUGGUCAGGACACAUACAUAGGUUGUGGGUUCUAUCCCUGGUUGGGGUACAUACAGGAGGCAACCAGUUGAUGUUUCUCUCUUGCAUGGAUGUCUCUCCCUUCCUCUCUCUCAAAAAAAAAAUCAAUGAAAACAUACCCUCAGGUGAGGAUUAAAAAAAAAUUAAAAAGAAGUAUAGCAACAUCCUUAAAUCUUUUAAAUGAGCAAAAUAUUUUUUUCAAAAA